AUGUUAUUACAUGAAUAUCGAAUAUGCUUACCAUUUACAGUUGAAGAGUACCACACCGGGCAACUUUACAUGAUAUGUAAACAUUGUGAAAUCGAAUCAAGUAAAGACGAGGGUGUCGAAGUCGUUCGCAACGAAGCAAUUACGAAUGAAGACGGUUUAACAGGACAAUUAACAGAAAAACGUUUAUAUUUAUCAAGCCGUCUACCAACUUGGAUUCGUUCUCUCAUUCCUAAUGUAUUUUAUAUAACUGAAAAAGCAAGCAAUUUCUAUCCGUAUACAACAACCGAGUACACCUGUUCAUUUCUACCACGUUUUUCAAUCAUGGUUGAAACACGUUAUGAAAAUAACAAUGGAACAACAGAAAAUUGUCAUCAACUAUCACCAGAAGAAUUAGCAAUACGGAAAAUGGAAUAUUUGGAUAUAGCAUUAGAGAAUGUACCAGAUUACAAGUAUAAAGAAAGUGAAGAUCCAUGUAAAUAUAAAUCUACUAAAACAGGUCGUGGACCAUUGGUGCCUAAUUGGAGAGAAUUUAUGAAACCAAUUAUGUGUGCAUAUAAGAUUGUUCGCGUGCGUUUCGAAGUGUGGGGAUUUCAAACACGAGUAGAAGACUUUACGCAACGUGCUGUUCGUGAUAUUCUAGUUCUUGCACAUCGACAAGCAUUCACAUGGAUGGAUGAAUGGUACGGAAUGACUCUCGAUCAGGUUCGAGAAUAUGAACGGGAAAUGUUCGAUCGAACGAAUAGAAAAGUUCUCCAGACAACUCCAGCGCCAACAACGAAUACGAGCACUACGAAUUUCGAUUAG